AUGUACUGGAGAAGAUCUGGCUAUAAAGCCAAAGUAUAUCCAUCAUGUGCCCCAAUCGACUUACCACAAGGUUUAUUAAUUAGUCAUGAUUACCAGAAAUCAGUUGAAUAUAUCCGAGAAGGAACAUAUCAGCAAAUGUGCUAUGAAGGUACUAUGCCUAUGUUAAAUACAAAUGUUGGUUUAAUUUUACAAAAGUUUACAGCCCCUUUACCAAUAGUAGCAGAAUCUUGGAUAGAAUUUACUCAACAUAGUUUGAGAGGUUCAUUUUCAUAUAGUGUUGUAGCUAUUGUCUACAGUAUUUCUGUGCUGGCGGUUAUUAUCAUUUUCCUAACAAUUUUCGUUUUGACAAACUAUACCAUCAAGCCCUCAGCCUUAUUAAAACUAUCAACAUGCUUAUCAUCAAUUUAUAUUCUCGUGGUUGUUAUUAAAUCGAUUUUAAUCCUACACGGACAACAGAUACAUGGAUACCUUAGUGGGACCGACUUAUUAUACAUGCUAAAUACCAAUCUAGCGAUUAACAGUUUGGAUUUAAUACUUGUCUUCUUACUUCAAAUAAAUCAGGUGCAGGUCAUCAUGAGAAUAUUCCUGAGGCAGAAAGAUAAACGCUUAACUUUCUUUGUGGGGAUUAUUGCUUCUUUCACGUCACAAGCAAUAUGGGGUGUUUCCCAAUUUCAUACGUUUUCUGAAGACAACGAAGCAGGUGAUAUCUUGCCUGCAUUCAUAUAUCUAGUAAGAAUUGCCAUGGGGUUGUGUUAUGCUGCUAUCCUUACUGUUUAUUUCCUAAGCAAAAUCCAGUACAUUUUAGCAAAUAGGCAGAUUUGGUUAUUAUCCUUAUUAACAGUUAUAUUGAUAUACAGUCCGGUUGCAUUUUUUGUUGCUGACGUCGCAAAUGCAUUCAUAUUUGAAUUGUCCGAUGUUUUCUCAGUGGUAACGUACGUCAUUUGUGUGGUUAUCCCAUGGGAAUGGUGUAAUAAGUUUAACAUAAUUAUGAAAACUAGGGAAAAGGAAGGUGUAUUGGGGAGAAGAUUUUAUGAAGAUGAAAUAUAUGAACUAGAUCGAUUCGAAUUGUUUGUAGAAGAGUUAGUCCCUGACGAAAAGAACGAUAAUCAUCCUAGUAAUGAAGGCGAUCAGAAUAACCUGAACACCACUAACAACGGCGGAAAUGCUGGCUGGGGCAAGGAUGUAACAACUAACAUUGUUAAAAACCUGCCUACGAAUGAAAACGAUUUAGACAGAAUAGAAACGAAUAAAGCAGCAAUAAUACUCCAGGCACUUCAAAGGUCCAAAGCAGCGUUCUUAAAUUUAACCGAUAAUAUUAUUGCUGCUGGAUUUGCUAUCCCCAGAUCAGUUAGUGCAUCCACACAAUCCAUCGCGGCUAGAAUAAGAGAGAGCCAAAUGACAGAGAUCAUGCCACAUAUUAGUAAUGCCAGAUUUGAAAGAUUGCAAUCUAAUGUGUGUGAUUCGAGAAAUACCAAUGUUGAGACUGCCACGGCCGGCGGAUCAUCAUCUGAUGGAGCUGUGACGUUGCUGAAUAAUGGUAGAAGCAGAAGGAAUGUUUAUGUGUAUUCUAGGAAAGAGGUGGUCAUUGACGUUCCUGACGAAUAG